AUGUACGAGAAAAAAUCUUCAGAAAAAUUUUCGUUAGAAUCGCAAAUAGUAAAAGCAAAUUUAUCGUUAUCGGGUUUAAGUUGUGCAAGUUGUAUUCAUUCAAUUGAACAAGUUCUAAAAAAACUUCCAGGCGUAUUAACAAAUUCAAUCCACGUAAAUCUACUUAUGAGCAAUGCCUCUCUAGAAUUUGACAGGUCAAAAGUUUCUAUGGAACAAAUUAAAACAGCGAUAAAUGAUAGUGGAUAUAAGGUGAAAGACGCAAAUAUUGAAGAAGAAAAAUCACAAAGUCAAAAUGAAAUGCGUGAGGAAAAUACGGAAAACGUUAUUAGUAUAAUAGAUUCUGACACAAAUCAAAUUGAAAAUGUGACGAUUACAAUGUUAUCAAUUGAUGGAAUUUCGUGUGCAUCAUGUAUAAACACCAUAGAACAAGCUAUCAGACCCUUGACUGGUGUAAAGCAUAUUCAUGCUAAUCUUCUUACUAGUGAAGCCAUCAUAAAACACGACAAUAAUAAAAUCG